AGAAAUUGUUAGGGUAUGCGCCCCAAUGUUAAGCCCAGAAUUAUUGAGCUUUGUGUUGUAUAAAAUCAUCAAAUUUGUAUUCAUUUGUGAUAGCCGAUUUUGGUUCUCUCUGUCUGUAUCGAGUUGGGAAAACAAGUUUAGGCCAAAAAAAAAAAAAAAAAUUUCAAAGCAGCUUGAUUGAUUGAUUUAUCGAUUUUUUUUUUACAAAGCAGCUUUAGAAUUGAAAGAGGUCCUCCAAUAAUAGUAAGAAGGAGUUAAGGGGAGAUGAUAUGUUGGUUAAUUGAGGGGAAAUGUGAUGUUUGGUCAAGCACGACAAAUGUUUGUGAAAAUGCUCGUAAGUGUUUGAGAGUGAAAAGGCUGAAGAUUAUUGGAUAGUUGAUGAUCCUACUAAAGUCUUGUGCAAAUAUGAAGAUGGGUGUUGUUAUAUUGGUUGUGAAAGGCGCAUCAAAAAUUGAGAAGAAAGUGGGAAUUGGAGUAGUUGCUAGUAUCACUGGUUGUAUGGGAGGGAAAAAACCCGGUUGUAUAAAUACGUAUGUGUUCUUUAUUCCUAGUUGUUUAUUUUCCCUCCUUGUUCAGUGUUCCACAUUCUCUCGGAAAUUCCUUAGUGAAACCACUAAAAAGAUCUUCUUUUUAUUUCCCUCCUUCAUUGUCCCACUUCCUCUCAGGAAUUCUUUCCUCUCUCACCUCAUCAUCAUCAAUCCAAGAAGGUAUCUUCAAUUCAAGAAGUGCAAGGAGAAGGUGUUAUUGCUCUAUGAUUGAGAAGGUAAACACCAUCCUUACAAGAAGAAGAAGGAGGUAUUUUAUCAUCAUUUCAAUUUCAUUGGAGAAAAGUUAAAAUCUUGCAAGUUUCUUUUACUAAAAUUGUUCAUCAGUUCUUGAUGCAGAAUGGGUUCUUUAAAAAUUUUCCUUUGUUCAUUAGCAAUUAUAAUUCUCAUCUUAGAUUCUUCUUAUCAUACAUUAUCUGACAAUAAUUCCAUCAAGAACAUCACAUUUCUUGGUGAUGCACAUGUUCAAGAAAAUGGCAGAAUAUGCCUAACUUCAUAUUCUCUACCUUCAACUUCUUCUUCUGCUGGUGUUGGUAGAGCAAUUUACAAGAACCCAAUUAGGUUUAGGAAUUCUUCACCUAAAUCUACUGCUUCUUUUUCUUCUAAGUUCACUUUCACCAUCAUUCCAAACUCUUUAGCUUCUCCUCCACGGUUUGGUGACGGAUUGACAUUUCUGAUCACUUCCAAUCCUCACAUUAUUGGUAAUGGUUUUGGUUUCAUGGGUCUUUCAAAUGAAACUUGCCAAGAACCGGGAAUUUAUAUUGCUGUGGAAUUUGAUACUAGUUUGGAUUCGAAUCUUGAAGAUAUUAGCGAUAAUCAUGUAGGGAUUGAUAUAAAUUCAGUCAUAUCAUAUCCUGCUGUUGAUUCUACUGUGAUGGGGUUUGAUUUAAAGAAUGGGAAAAACACAACUGCUUGGAUUGAUUACCUAGACAGUGAGAAGUUGAUAAAGGUUUGGCUUAGUUACGAUGCACAAUCUAAACCUAUCCGGCCAAUUAUUUCUACAAGCAUGGAUCUUUCGGGGUACAUUGACGAACUUAUGUAUAUUGGCUUUACUGCGUCGAAUGGAGAGAUAGGUUCAGCAAAGCACUUUAUUGAAAAUUGGGAGUUCGAAACUUAUUUUCCACCAUUUGAUUCCGUCCACAAGAGAGUGCAAGGUGGCUGUAUUGAAAAUGGUCAUGUCUCAACUUUAUUACUGGAAGUUGCAGUAGUGCUGAUACUAUUCGUUGGUGCAAUAUUUGUUCGUUCAGUGAAGGCGAUAUUGAGAGGUGCUUGGUCAGCAAUUUCUGAGAAGAUGUCUCCUCAUCAAAGCGGGAUUUCUGGUGCAAACCAAACAACUUCGGAUUCUGUCACAGAUGCACCUGUUAUAUCAGAGAGUAGUGUCAACGAAUCUACUGUUCUAGAAGAAGACUUAAAGAUUGAGCAAGGGAGUUCAACAGAUACAGAUGAUAGCGAGAUUCUAGAAAAGAAGGUGAUCAGUGAAGCUGAUGUACUUGAAACUCUGAGCCCUUCUACCAUACAGAAAGACAUCUCAACUGCAGAAUACCGAAUUGAGCAGUUGGAGAACGCCGCAAAGAUGUCAGUAACAAAGGGUACAAAAAAAGAUUAUACUGGUAAACUCGUUAAGCUUACUGGAAAAAAUAGCAGUGAGGAAUCCCAGAAGCAAAAAUCUAAAAGUAAAGCUGGUACUUCUAGGAAUCCGAGAAAGUGAUGAACUUGUGGGUAUUCUUUCAUAAGGAGAAAACUGAAUGUUUUGAUUUCUGCUUGUAAAUUUUGUUUAUGUUUCAUCUUCAGAAUUCUAUGCAACCAUAAAUCAACACAGCAUUUCUUCGAUUCAACUUUCAGCUUGUGUGUUGUCAUUCAUCUUCUGUCUUGCAUU